GACUGUGUACGAGGUACUCCAGGGCUAUUGGUGGCGCUGCUGUCGAGAUCAUCUAGGGAGGCUAGAAGAGAGGGGUUACGCAACGGCGCGUUAGUCCUCGGCCCAUAUUUGACGUGAGGGUCUGCGGUUCUUCCGCCCGCCGGGUGCCCAGACCCAGGCAGCAGACUACGGGGUUCCGGUAACAGAGGCGCGAUGCCGGGCCAGGACCAGCAGCAGAGUGAGCUGCUGGUGGGGCCUAGGAGGUGGCUGGGUCUCGGGCUCCUGCUGCUGGUCUGCCUCUUCCUCCAGCUGCUUCUCAACAUCUGGUUGCUAUGUGCCUGGGUGCUGCUACUGUUGUUAGGGGGCUGGCUGGGUUCGCAGUUGGUGCUCAGCCCCACCAGCCUGGUGCACCUGGAGAGGUUCAUCAGCCUGGAGCCCUGGCCCAGCCAGGCAGACUCCAAGGUGCUGCUGGCCCGAGAGGUUGAAGACACUAUCAGCAAAAUCAUCAGGGACUUCGUCAGCUGCUGGUACAAAACCGUGAGCCAGGAGCCAGAGUUUGUGGACGAGGUUCAGAAAGCCAUGCAGGCCAUGGCGAUGGAGCUCCAGAGAAGGAUGGAGGGGGUGGACAGGAAGGCACUGGCGCGGAAGGUGCUCCUCUUAUGUGGCUCCCACCUGGAGGUUUACAUGAAGGUAAAGAGGACAAAGUGUGAGAAGAUCGCCCAUCAGCGAGGGUUGGAUUCUGUGUGGAAAACAUAUUGCAAACUGAGCAAGCCCCACAUUGCCCUGCAGAGCCCUGCCACUGAAACAAAUUAUGCACGGGGCAUUGUUGAUUUGCUGCUGUACGUAUUGGUGCCCUUUCCCAACUUGGAAACUAGGACAGGGAGGUUUGUUGUGAGGGAACUUAUCAUGUGCAAUGUGCUUCUACCCCUGAUAAGAAAAAUGUCAGACCCAGACUGGAUAAAUGGUAUCAUAAUAGACAUAGUCAUGAAGGCAAGCAAGAAGACUGUUAAUGUGGUGGAGCAGCCUUUGCGUCUGGAAGUACCAACUUCUUUACACUUGAACCCCCAAACGGAGACAAAUGAUAAGUUACCAACUCCCAGAACUGCUGAUUCUCUUAGUAAUGAUGUUGAUGGUUUGGAGCUGAAUAUGGAGGAGGCUGAUGCAUCAGUAGAAGUGAUUAAACCAAAUGAUAGAAUUGAUCAAUCCUCAGAAACUAUAACCAAUCGCUUUGAUCACGAGAGGCCAGAUAAAUUAAACCUUUUCUAUUCGUGUGAGGAAUUUGAACCUGAAUCUCCGCAUUCUGCUGUGGGAAGAGAGUCCACUGAGUCUUUAAUGUUUUCAAUGGCUGAUGAACUGGCUGUGGACAGGUUAUCUCCAGCAGAAUUAACUAAUGCUUCCUAUGGGGCAGAAGGUGCAAGCGAUGAUGAACUAAUUAUUGGCGAAUCGGCACUUCCGAAGGCAGAUGUUACCUUGCCAUCGUUUGACCAAAAUCCAGUUUCUCUGGGGCCUGAGCAUGUUCUUGAAGAUACCAAUGAGAAAGAUGACACUCCAGCUAAGUUAGUCAACUCCACAUCAGCUCUGGCUCAUGAGACUAUCCGAAUUCUCUCCAGGCGGCAGUCAUUUCAGGAGAAAGAAUCGAUUCCAGCAGAUGGUUCAACCUGUAACUCUUUAGAGGUUGUACCUGCAGGACCCGCGCUUGCAUCGUCCCCGACGUCAGUCAGUGUGCCCACCUACAGUUUCGAACCAAUUUGCAGUCCGGAUACCCCAGUGGUAAUUCACAAUCUGAGAAUCAGUGGAACAAUCACAGCAAAAGAACACAGAGCAGGUGGAUUUCAUCCUUACACCUUGUACACUAUUAAGUACGAAACAGCACUGGACACCGACAAUCCCGGAACGCUACAGCAAGUGGCCUAUCACACCGUUAAUCGGCGGUACAGUGAAUUCCUGAAUUUGCAAACCAGGCUGGAGGAAAAGGCAGAGCUUCGUAAGCUCAUGAAAAAUGUAAAAGGACCAAAGAAGCUCUUUCCUGAUCUGCCGUUUGGAAAUAUGGACAGUGACAAAGUUGAGGCUCGUAAAAGCCUCCUUGAGACAUUUCUGAAGCAACUGUGCGCCAUUCCUGAAAGUGCGUACUCUGAGGAGAUGCAGGAGUUUCUGGCCUUAAACACUGAUGCCAGAAUUGCUUUUGUGAAGAAGUCCUUUGUUUCCAGGAUUGAUAAGAUUGUUGUUGGUGCAAUUGUAGAUACAUUGAAGACCGCAUUCCCUCGAAUAGAACCCCAAAGUCCGACGGAAGAACUGGGAGAAUGUGAUGUAGAUGGGAAGUCUCAAGGAGAUGGAAAGAAAGCUACCAAAUCUCGCCUAAGGUUUGCUUCCAGUAAGAUUGCUCCAGCACUAAACGUUGGAGACAUUCAAGCAAAAAUCACAUACUGCUACAAUGAAAAUGCUUUAUCAGAAGGCCUUUCCAUAGCAAGCAUGGAGGACUUUAUUUCUGAACAAGAAAAGCUGCUGGGAAGAACACAACAGAACUUGAAGGGAAGAGCGACAAAAGGUGAAGCAGCUAAAGAAUAUGGUUCCUUGGACAAGAGGCUGCAAAGCAGUGAGCCAUCUUCCAACCAGUACCUAAGUUCUGAGGGGUCUGAAACAGUCUUGGCAGAUGUUGCACUUGAUCUUGUCUGCUUGUUGAUGAAGAACCACUGGAACUGGCUGUGUACUGAGAACAUGCAGAAGCUCAUUCGGCUGCUGUGUGGGACCCUGAUAGAAAGGUGGCUUGAAGUUCAGAUUAUUAACCUGACAAGCACUCAGUACUGGGUUGCAUACCUCAAGCUUUUACAGGAGGCAAUCUGGCCUGGAGGAACUUUACCGAAAUGGCCAAAACCUGCUAGAACUCAAGAGCAGAAAAUCCAGACCCAGGAACUGGCUUUACAAUGCCUGAUGAGGAUGCUCCCAGCUCUGAUUCCUGAAGUUCUUGGUGAGGAGGGUUAUGAGAAAAGUUGGCAGUUAGUGCUGGAGUCACUGCAAGAUCCGCUGAUAAACAGACAUCUUGUGUACUGCAUAUGGGAUCUGCUGCUAGAGUUCCUAAUCCCUGAAGCUUCUAAUGAGGAGUUCCAAAAAUCUCUGUUAACCUUGGCUUCAGGAAGCUCAGAGAAAGUGCUGGGAUGAGCCAAGAACCAUCAACUGAAUAUUAAAGGAAGCAUAUCUCAAGAACAUUACUGGGACAUUGCUAAAAGAGAUCAGAUAACCAAAAUGGAUGCGAGAUAAAGGCUUAGCCUAAAUCCUGUAGAUUUCAGCUUCACAUUCAUAGUAUAAUGGCAGCACUAAUCAGCUAUUUAUUGAAAAUGUUAAUGCAUGUUAGAAAUUAUCUUGCGCCUUAUUUAACUUUGCCGAUCGGAGAUGAUUUGAAUGAGUAUUUUACACUGUACUGGCCCUCUUCAGUGCCACAAAUGUGCGCAAGGAAAUCAAGAUGAUUGUCAUGUUUGAUAUUUAACAAGUACUUCACAUAAAUGUGAGUUUUAAAUGGUUUUAAAUUCAUUACUUCUGAGGCAGGUUUAUAUAAUAGGCUUCUAAAUCAUUCCUUCUCAACAAUUAAUGACUGAUGGUUGACCUAUCAAGGCCAGUAUCCACAAAUGCACUAAUUAAGAUAUAUUUAUUUGAACAUUCCUGAAUCAGAAAUACUGGCACUGAAUAGCACAAUGAGCACCUACUGUUCAAUACUUCCUGGGCACCAAGAUCAUGAAAUUCUUCUGAAUCAUUUCAUUUCACCUUUUAUGGAUUCUAAGUGUGGAGGACCUUCUCUAUAAGUGUGGAAGGAGCACUGUAUAAGAGUGGAGGAAGUUCUGUAGAAGUGUUAGAUGGUUCGUCCUCUGCCUUUUCAUCAGAGGAACAGCUUUGAGGAAUUUCUCAGGUAAACAGUCAAGCUGCAGUAUAUCCUUGGUCCAAUAUGCUGUUUGAGAGCCCAUCCCUGUGUUUGUCACAAUAUGUCCUGGAAUGGAGCAGAAGUCAUCAAAAUCAAUUUUUUUUAAGACCUAAUUGACAAAAGUGCUUUGUUAAUUUAACUGCUAUGUGCAAGUUGGACUAUCUGGAGAAGCUGCUGUACAAGACGUUACUCCUUCAUUAUUUUGACUAGACGUGAGUCUGUGAUGUUAAAUGACACUAUGCUCGGCAGUAUGAGCAGCGUCAUUGGAGAAAGAAACAUAACUAACAAAUAGUUCAGUGGCCCUUCUUCAAACUGUGACCUGUUGAGUAUUUAUUUUCAUUUUACAUUUCCAGCAAGUGCAGUAUUUUAUGUUUCUGUGAAUUUGAUAUUUAUAGCACCUUAAAAUGUUUGAGAUGUUAUAUUUUCAUCUCACUUAGACGUAGUUUGGGUGAAGGUUAAAUAUCUCUAUUACCUGUGUUACAGUUUUUCAUUUACCUCAGUUGUCAUUUGUAAUUUAUAACUGAUGGAGAGUGAAAUAUGCUUCCUGUCUGGUUGAAGUAUUGUGCUCAACCACUUGGUCUUGUUCCUCUUUUCCAUCUACUCUUCUGCGUAUCUGUAAUUACAGUGAGCUGGUGUUGGUUGCUUAUUUCAUUAAAUAUUUAUUUUAAGGCCACACCUUGAAGAUAGAAGUAGGUGCCCAAAUGUAUCAAAUCAUUCUACGUUAAGUUUUAAGAAUCAUCUAUAUAGAAAUCUGUCUUCUGUGGACAGAGUGAAAUAAAGAAGAGUAUCAAAACUCAAAUGCAAGGUUAAACCAUUCACUGAAUUCACUAAGAGCCAUUCUGUUCUAACUUUUUGAGCCUGCUGUUAGAUAUAGAAGUGGAACUAACUUUCGGAAUGCUGUUUGGUUUAAGUAUUCAGUAGAGGUAUCAAACAGGUGUGAAACUAGUAGCAUCCAUACCCAGGCUUCGGAAUGAUAGGUAAAGCCAGAUUUUCAGUCUCCUUCCUAGAUGCUCUUUCAUCACCACCUUUGAUUCGGCCUGUGACAGCGUGGGUACUUAAGACUGCCAAAGUGAGAGGUUAACGAUAUCAGUGAACACUCCUGCCAGUUGAUCAGUUCAAGUCUUUAGUUUAUAUAAACACUAACUCUCAAAAACCAGAGCCCUGUUUAGUAGCCCUCCCAUGUAUAAUAGAACCAUGCGGUCAUACUCUGGAAAUUCAAGUUGAUCCAGUUGUCCUCAGAAUCUCACCAGCUGCUUUUCCUAAUUGCCAGCCUUUUCCCGACUUUCUUUGGUCCAUAUAGUGUCGAGGUUCUGCCUCUUAAGUUUCCUGAUCUGGACAAUUAAUUAUUAUAAGAAGACUAAAUGUCUAAAUCUCUCUUUCAGGGAGUGAUCUUUCUUCAGCUAUUGAGGCUGUUUUGCUCAUAUGUUACGUGCCGUGCCCUAUGAUAUGGACCAUGAUUGUUCUUGGCAAAUUUUUCUGCAGAGGUGGUUUGCCAUUGCCUUCUUCUGGGCAGUGUCUUUACAAGAUAGGUGACCACAGCCAUUAUCAAUACUGUUCAGAGAUUGCCUGCUGGUUAUCAGUGGUUGCAUAACCAGGACUUGUGAUCUGCACUGGCUGCUCACAUGACCAUCCACCUCCUGCUUCCAUGGCUUCACAUGACCCUGAUCAGGUGGGCUUAGCAGGUGCUACACCUACCCAAGGAUGACCUGCAGGCUAGUGGAGGGAAGGAGAGCGAUGUAUCUCACCCCGCCACCCCAUGAAGGUGCGAAAGAGUUGUUAUUCUUUAUACUAUAUAUAAAGUCCCUAAAGCUGAUCUUAACACAGCUAGUUUCAUAUCAGGGAAACUGAUCAUAAAUUUUAGAUGAUGGAUAUGAAAAAAAGCAAGGACCAGAUGUAAUUAGGUCAUGAGGAGGAUUGGCCCAAAUAAUAAACAGAAUUAUUUGUUGAAUGUUAAAGAUUAUUUUAUUUAUCUCUUGUACAUGCAGUGCAAGGAUGUGCUGGGGGCAGUCUGUGAGAGUCAUUGUGUUUCUGGUGCCCACAGCUUACUGAUCAUAACCCAUGUGUACGUCUUUGGACUGUGGGAGGAAACUGGAGUACCUGUAAGAAACCUAGACAGUCAUGGGGACAGCGUACAAACUCCUUACAGACAGCGGCAGGAAUUGACCACGGAUCACUGAUGCUGUGAAGCGUGCUAUCUGCCCUCUCUUCAUUCUCUUUCACCUUAUCUUUUUUUGUGCUUUUGUUCAUUGCAUCACAAUUUUGGGACAUUCACUUCCAUGCCCUGGUUAAAAUACAUUUUAAAUACACUUAAAGAUUCAAUGCUGUUGCUGAAGUGCAUUGCCAUUUCUGAGAAGCUGAAAUGCUUUGUCAUAGAGCCCACUGGCACGACCCCGGUUGAAUACAAUGAAAACCCAUACUGGCAGAUACACAAGGUGCUAUUUUAAGCACUUCUGUUGUUCCAAAAUGACACUUACGUUCAGUGCCGUUGUUCUGUGUCAGAAUAUUGUUGGGUAAGCAUGGAUUAUAGUGUGUGUAUGCAUAAAUAUGCAGUGCCUGCUCAAUUUUUAGUCUCGGAUGUUGUGUUAUUAUUUGUCUCCAAUGUUAAGUGUUCAGUGGGCGUUCCCAGUUGCAAAACUGAAACCUGCGGCUUCUGAAGAACUCUGAACUCAUCAAACAUAAAACAUCAUAUUCCCAUGGACAACACUCACAAAAUACUGGUGGUACUCAGCAGGUCAGGCAGCAUCUAUGGAAAUGAAUAAACAGCUAAUGUUUCAGACCGAGAACCUUUACCUUGAUUGGAAAGGAAGGGGGACAGAAGCCAGGAAAAGAAAGUGGGCGAGGGGAGGAGUACAAGCUGGCAGAUGAUAGGUAAGACUGGAUAAGGGGGAAGUUGGAUGGGUAGGAGCAGAGUAGAUGAAGUAAGGAACUGAGAGGUGAUAGAUGGAAGAGGUGCAGGGCCGAAGAAGAAGAAAUCUGAUAAGGGAUGAGAGAAAGGGAAGGGGAGGUGAUGAGCAGCUGAGAAGUGAAGGGAUGAGAGGUAAAAGGCACAGACUAUUUUCUAAUUGAGAGAAAACUGAAAAUUCAGAGGUGCAAAGGGACUUGGAAGUCCUUGUGCAGGAUUCCCGAAAGGCUAACUUGCAGGUUGAGUUGAUGCUAAGGAAGGCAAAUGUAAUAUUAACAUUCAUUUCAAGAGGUCUAGAAUAUACAAGCAAGGAUGUGAUGCUGAGGCCUUUAUAAAGCACUGGUCAGACUGCAUUUGGGGUAUUGUAAGCAGAUUUGGGUUCCUUAUCUAAGAAAAGGUGUGCUGGCAUUGGAGAGGGUCCAGAGAAGAUUCACGAGAUUAAUUCCAGGAAUGAAAAGGUCUUACACUUAUUCCCACCCUGUAAAAACGCCAUCCUCUUCUCUCAAUUCCUCUGUCUCAGCCGCAUCUGCUCUCAGGAUGAGGCUUUUCAUUCUGGAACGAAGAUCUCCUCCUUCAAAGAAAGGGGCUUCCCUUCCUCUACCAUCUCUUUUGGUCACAUCUGCUCUAACCCCAUCCUCCCGCCACCCCACUAGGGAUAGGGUUCCUCUUGUCCUCAUCUACCAUCCCACCAACCUCUGCGUCCAGCACGUAAUUCAACCUAACUUCCGCUGCCUCCAAGCAUGUUUCCCACCUCCCCACUUUCUACUUUCUACUUUCUGCUGGGAUCGUGACCUACGAGACUCCCUUGUCCAUUCAUCCCUCCCCACUGAUUAUCCUCCUGGCACUUAUCCUCGCAAGCGCAACAAAUGCUACACCUGCCCCUCCACCUCCUCCCUCACUACCAUUCAGGCCCCCAAACAGUCUUUCUAGGUGAGGCGACACUUCACCUUUAAGCCUUUUGAGGUCAUCUAUCGUAUCUGGUGCUCCUGAUGUGUCCUCCUGUAUAUCGGUGAGACCUGACAUAGAUUGGGAGACCACUUCACUGAGCACGUUCCGUCUGUCAGAAAAAGUGGGAUCUGUCAGUAGCCACCCAUUUUAAUUCCACUUCCUAUUCCAAUUCCGACAAGUCGGUCCAUGGCCUCCUCUACUGUCAUGAUCAAGCCAGACUCAGGUUGGAGGAGCAACACCUUAUUUUCUGUCUGGAUAGCCUCCAACCUGAUGGUAUGAAUGUCAAUUUCUCAAACUUCUGGUAAUGCCCCCCCCCCCUCACCAUUUACCAUUCCCAUUUCCCUCAUAUGUCCUUCUCUGUCUAUCAUCUCCCUCUGGUGCUCCUCCCCUUUUUCUUGCUUCCAUAGCUUUUGGACCUCUCCUAUUAGAUUCCCCCUUCUCUAGCCCAGUAUCUCUUUCACAAUCAACUUCCCAGCUCUUUACUUCAUCCCUCCCCCCACUUUCUUACUCUGACUCAUCUAUUUCCACCCCCCCCCCCCAGUGCUGAUGAAGGGCCUCAGCCCAAAAUGUAGACUGUACUUUUUUCUAUAGAUGCUGCCUGACCUACUGAGUUCCUCCAGCAUUUUGUGUGUGUUGCUUGAAUUGCUAGCAUCUGCAGAUUUUCUCUUGUUUGGGUUAAUAUAUGAGAAGUGUUUAAUGGCUCUGGGUCUGUACUCAAUGGAUUUUAGGAGAAUGAAGGAGGAUCUAAUUGAAACCUAUCAAAUAUUGAAAGGUCUGGAUGGUGUGAAUGUGGAGAGGAUAUUCCUGUUGAGGGGAAGUCUAGAACCAGAGACACAAUCUCAGAUUAGAGGUUUCAUUUAGAAUGGAGAUGAGGAGGAAUUUCUUUAGCCAGAGGGUGGUGAAUCUGUGUAAUUUGUUGCCACAGGCAACUGUAGAGGUCAUGUCAUUGGGUAUAUUUGAAGCAGAGGUUGAUAGGUUCUUGAUUAAUUUGGGUGUCAAAGGUUACAGGGAGAAGGCAGGAGAAUGGGGUUCAGAGGGAUAAUAAAUCAGAUGUGAUGGAGCAAACUUGACGGGCUAAUGUUGGUUGGAAGGAAAAUGAUGCAGAGUGCUACAUGGGUGAACAGCUGUUCCAGUCAGCUCGGUUUGUAUUGUACUUGAUAGUGAAAAUGUAUGGAGAACAAUGUGCUCGGUUUUGUAAAAGAGCUAUAGUUUAUGAUGUUGAUUGUGCACUAAAGUUUGUAGAAUAAAGCUUUGAAGAUGAAUGUAAAUAUCAAAUCCUCUGGUUAGUGUUAUUUUCAGCUUUUGCCUAACACCAUCACAAAAAGCGUUUCUGACCAAUGAAAUGCAUUGAAUAAUUUUACAUACGGUACUGUGCAAAAGUCACACACACACUCCCUCCCUCACUCCCGGAUGUUUUCAUGUUUAAUUGUUUUGCAACAUUCAGUUACAAUGGAUUUAAUUUGGCUUUUUUUUUACUGAUUUAACAGAAAAAGACUCAUGUCAAAGUAAGAACAGAUCUCUACAAGUGAUCUAAUUUAAUUACGAAUAUAAAACACAAAAUAAUUGGUUGCACAAGUAUUUACACCCUUUAAUAUGACACACCAAGUCAUUACUGGUGCAAUCAAUUGUCUUUCAAAGUCACAUAAUUCGUUAAAUGGAGAUUACGUGAACAAUCAAGCUGUUUCAAUACAUUGUAGCAAAAAUAUACCUGUAUUAGGAAGGUUCAACUGCUGGUGAGUCAGUAUCCUGGCAAAAACUACACCAUGAAGACAAAAGAACACUCUAAGCAACUCCACAGAAAUGUCAGGAGAUGGAUACAAGAAAAUUUCCAAGUCACUGAAUAUCCCUUGGAGUACAGUGAAGUCAAUCAUCAAGAAAUGGAAAGAAUAUGGUACAGUUGUAAAUCUGCCCAGAGCAGCUGUUCUCAAAAACUGAGUGACUGUGCAAGAAGACUAGUGAGGGAAGCCACCAAGAGACCUAUGACAACUCUGGAGGAGUUACAAGCUCCAGUGGCUGAGAUAGGAGAGACUGCGCAUACAACAACUGUUGCCCGAGUGCUUCACCAGUCACAGCUUUAUGGGAGAGUUGCAAAGAGAAAGUCACUGUUGGGGAAAAAACUAACAUGAAAUCUUGGCUAGAGUUUGGCAGAAGGCAUGUGAAAGACUGAGGUCAGCUGGAUUAAGAUUCUAUGGUCUGAUGAAACCAAAAUUGAGCUUUUUGUCAUCAGACUAAAUGCCAUGUUUGGCAUAAGCCAAACACUGCACAUCAUCAAAAACACACCAUCCCUACCGUGAAGCACGGUGGUGGCUGCAUCAUUUUGUGGGGAUGCUUCACUGCAGCAGACCCUGGAAGGCUUGUGAAGGUAGAAGGUAAAAUGAAUUCAGCAAAAUACAGGGAAAUCCUGGAGGAAAACCUGAUGCAGUCUACAAGAGAACUGUGACUUGGGAGAAGAUUUGUUUUCCAGCAAGACAGAGACCCGCAACCAAAAAGCCAAAUCUACACAGCGAUGGCUUAAAAACAACAAAGUUAAUGCCCUGGGGUGGUCAAAUCAGAGACCAGGCCACAAUCCAAUUGAGAAUUUGUGGCUGGACUUGAAAAGGGCUGUUCGUUCAUGAUCCCCGUGCAAUCUGAAAGUGUGAGCAGUUUUGUAAAGAAGAAUGGGGAAAAUUUGCAGUGUCCAUAUGUGCAAAGCUGAUAGAGACCUAUCCAUACAGACUCAAGACUGUAAUUGCUGCCAAAGGUGCAUCUACUAAAUAACUGACUCAAAGAGGGUGAAUACUUAUGCAAUCAAUUAUUUUGUGUUUUAUAUUUGUAAUUAAUUUAGAUCACUUUGUAGAGAUCUGUUUUCACUUUAACAUGAAAGAGUCUUUUUCUGUUGAUCAGUGUCAAAAAAAAACAUAUUAAAUACGCUGUGAGUUAAUGUUGUAAAACAAUAAAACAUGAAAACUUCCAAGAGGGAGGGGUGAAUACUUUUUAUAGGCACUGUAUAUAGCUAGGAUGCCUAAGACUUUUGCACAGUACUGCAAUUGCAUUCUAUUGCAUUGUACUGCCACCACAACAAAAAAUAAAUCUCAUGAAGUGUGAGUGAUGAUAAACCUGAUUCUAAUAUGGGUCUAUAUUGUGGACUGAGAGUGGGAAGGGGGCAGGGAGAGGGGAAUUGUGAUUAGGAAAAGGGGAAGGGAGAGGGGAGGGAGUGGGAAGCACCAGAGAGACAUUCUGUAUUGAUCAAUAAACCAAAUUACCUUACCUGGUGUCUCAGAGCUGGAUGAAUCUAUCCAUGCCACUCCCCUCCUCCCCACUCCUGGCACUCCUUCUCUUCCACCUGCAGCAUUCCCAACAGAUUCACAAACUCACUUACCUCUCCAUGUUGGCUGCAAGUUAUAUACAGAAGCAAAAUCUUGUGUGGCAUUCUGAUAAUAUGAUGUUCAUUAGUUGUUUAGUACUGUAUUUUAGAUGGUGUGGAGAAAUACUCCACAAGGAAAUGUAUCAUUGCCUCAAUUCCAAGCAUUUUAAUGUUAAGCAUUCAAUGUCUAAAGUUCUAAAUGUCUAAAAUUAAAGUUCAAAGUCAUUUUAUUAUCAAAGUGCUGUGCAUACAACCUUGUGAUUUAUUUUCUUGCAGGCAUUCACAGUAGAUCAAAGAAAUACAAUAGAAUCAAUGACAAGUGUGCAAAGAAGACCAACUGUGAAAAUAAAUAAUACUGAGAACAUGAGUUGUAGAGUCCUUGAAAGUG